CUACUAUUAUGAGUGAUUUCUUCUAAAAAAGAGUGGACUGAACUUUAUAAUUUUACAAAGAUGGUGAAAGUGCAUCAUGUGACUGGUUAUGAUCAAUUUAUUAGGUUUAUUGAGAAAUAUAAAAAUGAAAAGAAUACGGUAAACAUUCUAUUUAGUGGAUCUAAAUUAGAGAAUGGGUUAAGCUGGUGUAGUGAUUGUGUAGAAGCCAGUCCCUUCAUCGAAACUGCAUUGAAACAUGCUCCCGCAACUGCACAUUUUAUCUACGUAGAUGUUGGUGACAGACAAGCAUGGAAGGACAUGCAAAAUCCCUUUCGUAAAAACGUCGAUACCCACUUGAGUGUUAUUCCCACUUUGAUUCGCUGGAGACACCCACAAAGAUUAGAAGGCGAGCAAUGUACGAAACCAGACCUACUGGAGAUGUUUUUCAGUGAUGAAGACUGAUUUCUGAAUGUAUUGUAUUCAAAUAUAUUAAAUUUUGUAUCUAAACCAAACCACUUUGAUUGUGUUUAAUAUAUGUUAAUAUGUCUUUCUCAAGUAGAAA